AUGGCAGCAACGAAAGUCUUCCGCAGCGGCGCCAACGCCUUGAUCACAGGGGCAGCCUCCGGUGUCGGCCUUGCCGUGGCCCAGCUCUGUGCUUCCCAUAACAUGAACGUCAUCCUCGUCGACAACAACUCUGCCAAACUCAACGAGGCCAAGUCUUCCAUCCAGACCACAGGACAAGUCGAAGCCCACGAGAUCGAUGUCGCAUCUCUCGAGCAAUGGAGCAAGCUCAAGGCCGCCGUCGAGCAGGGCGGCAGAAAGCUUGACUUCUUGCACCUAAACGCUGGCAUUGGCCUCAAUGGAAAGUGGACAGACAGCUCCUAUUUCCAGAAGAUCUUCGACGUGAACUUCUUCGGCGUGGUGAGCGGGGUCAACACAUUCUUCUCCCACUUCGACUCCAACAAUAGCGAGCAGAAAGCCGUCGUCGUUACCGGAUCGAAGCAAGGAAUCACAAACCCUCCAGGCAACCCAGCCUACAACGCCUCCAAAAGCGCCGUGAAAACAAUCGCAGAGCACCUUCACUUCGACCUCGCCAAGUCUUCGCCCAACACUUCCGUGCAUAUGCUCGUGCCUGGGUGGACAUUUACCGGGAUCACAGCGCGCAAUCACACCACAAAACCAGACGGGGCAUGGUCAGCUGAGCAGGUAGCUGACUUCCUGUAUAAGAAGAUGGGCGAAGACAAGUUCUAUGUCAUUUGUCCUGAUAACGAUGUUGAUUGGGAGACGGAUCGCAAGAGGAUCACCUGGACGAUGGGAGAUAUUGCGUAUGAGCGGAAGCCACAGAGCAGGUGGCUUGAUGAGUUCAAGGAAGAGGCGGCCGAGACGUUGCCGGGCAUGAAGCUGGGUGCUAGACAGAAGGGUAGCUCGGCGUGA